CCAUCUAUAGUAAUAGCAUCGCCUUAUAUUGCCGUCUUGACCAUCUACUUCGUAUCCGGUUCAUUUCUUUACUCAUUGUAUAUUCUUGCAUCCUCAAUUGUCGCCUCCCUGCCCGCCAUGCCCGACCGAUCAGCAAAGCGCAUGCGACGUCUAAGCACGGAUUACGAGGACUCGGAAGGAGGCAACGAUUGGGUCUCGGACAGACACAGCAGCAAUCAUCAAAGUGCUGCCCCUACAGCCUCUUCUUCCCGCCCGCGCCGGAAUGCUGCCCCUCGCGACCCGCCCGCCGCUGUCAUACAGCGCUCUUCGCCCGAGGAAUCCCGCCAGUCCAUUCACCUCACUGUAAAAGCAUCCCCCGGUAAGAUAAGACAGGCCACCAGAGGUGUUGCCCCAACCACAGUUAGUUCUCGGAACAUCGUUGCUGGAAAGCGCUCCUCCCGAAACAGUAGAGUUAUACAAGAGGUGGACAGCGACGACGACGAUGACGACGACGAGGAAGAUGAAGCCGAGGAAGUGGAUGCAAUGGACGUAGACGAUGACGAAGAUGAAGACGCUGAAGGCGAUGAGGACGAAGAUAUGGACGCCGAGGGCGACGAAGAGGACGAGAUCGAAGUCACUCCGGCCCCACGUAUCGUCGUUUCGUCCAGCAAGAGUGUGCCCGUGAAGAAAAGCGUGGCCCAAGACUCCGUCGAGGCCAAAGAGUUGGCUCUGGACGACGAUGACGAUGAUGAAGAGUUGUCGGAAUUGGAAUCAGAAGACGAAGAUGCAGAAGGCGAGGACGAAGACGCCGAAGGCGAGGAAGACGAAGGAAUUCCCGUACCACACGAAGACGAAGAUGAGGAUAUGGAUAGCGACGAAGAUAUGGACGGCGACGACACUCUCGAUUUGAGCAAGAUGACACGGCGACAGCAGGCCAUGGUCACAGAAGGCACCGACGAGCUCAUGUCGCUAUCCAAUGAAGCGCAAAAGAAGAAGCAUCUCACCGCCGAAGAGCACGCCAUGCGCCGCGCAGAAAUGGCUCGUCGUCGCAAAAACCUCAGCGAAAAGCGCAACGAAGAGGAAAAGAUGGACACGAUCAACCGCCUCCUCAAGAAGCAACCACCCAAACGCGGCCGCAAAGCAGCCCUGGAAGUCGGCGAGUCUGGCAUGGAAGAAGAACCGGACGUCGAGAGGGCCAACCCGCUGUAUGUACGAUACAGGCAGACCCGCGACGGCGUCUCGCUGAGUGUACCGGACGAGUGGCUCGCGUCCCCUGUUGGAAGUCUUCUCUCUAGCAAACUGGCCAAACCUUCUGGUGCAAGCAGUCCGUUUACGGGGAGGAUGGUCGAGGAGGUUGCGUAA